CGCUGCCGAUGCCACAAACAGACAUUCACAUCUAUGAAAAGGUGACGUGCACCUACGUGUGCCCCUCUAUUCCGCUGUCUGUGCGCGCUCCGGCAGCGCUGCCGCACAGCAAUCAGGUGGUAGCUCAAGUUGAAGCGAGCAGGCUCAGCAGGAGAAUAUGUGUCGACAAUGGAGAGAAAACAGCAAGUGAUGUCGAUGAGCAACCCACAGAGAAAGACUGGACCAGAUUCGCCGCAAUGAGCACCUCCUUUCCAAAAUCUGAUUCUACGACCUCCUUACUGAAAUCGUCUUCGGCGGCGAAGAGACCGACACACCUCCCUGAGCACACAGCAGAAAGCCGGAGAAGUCAGCACCACCAUCAGCACCACCAGCAGCAUCAGCAUCAUAACCAGCGUCCCGCCGCGCUCCUGAGCAGCAGCAGCAGCAGCAAAGCCCAGGAAUCCUUCUGGUCGGUCGAAUGCGACAUCAGUGCCCGGAGACCCCUGUGCCAUCCCUCCCUCGUCAGCAGCCAGGACAGUAGUACUAAUGCAGCCACUCGGGGCAAGUGCAAGUCACAUGCUCCUCACAGCCAAGUUUCCGCUCCACCAGAACCAAACGGAGAUGCAGGCCGAGGUGUGAGGGAGCGCUCCAGGACGUCCAAGCAUCGUCACCACCAUCGCAGGAAGCACAACCGAGAGGAGCGUCCGGCCGCAGCGGGGCCAGAUGAACCUGAGCGUCCCCGUCGCUGUCACACGCACUCCCGCCCGGUCCCCAGGGUGCCCUCUCUGUCGGACAGCAAUGACGACAGGGCUCCCCUCUGCGAGCCGAGGGACUGUAACGGGGCCAGUGUGGCCAAUAGCGGCGGUCAGGUCAGCAGUCCAUCCCCGUCCUCUUACUCCCUGGUCCCGCUGUCCAGCAGGUCUUCUCGUCGCUCUCGGAGGUCCAGUGCUGCUUCUUCUGCAUCAGAUAUUAAUUUACGCACGAUCCUCAAUUCACUCUUUGGGCAGGACAGAGAACUGAGGCCAGAAGAAAUGGAUGAGCUACGAGAUGCUUUCAAAGAGUUUGACAAAGACAAGGACGGUUUCAUCAGCUGUAAAGAUCUUGGAAACUGCAUGAGGACCAUGGGAUACAUGCCAACUGAAAUGGAGCUGAUAGAGCUAAGCCAACAGAUAAACAUGAACUUGGGAGGUCAUGUUGAUUUUGAGGAUUUCGUAGAGCUGAUGGGCCCAAAACUCCUCGCUGAAACUGCGGAUAUGAUUGGAAUAAAGGAGUUAAAAGAUGCAUUUAGGGAGUUUGACACUAAUGGAGAUGGUGCCAUAAGCACGUCUGAGCUCAGAGAUGCAAUGAGAAAACUGUUGGGACAACAAGUCGGUCUGAAGGAGGUAGAAGACAUCCUAAGGGAUGUGGACUUGAAUGGCGAUGGACUCGUUGACUUUGAAGAGUUUGUGCGGAUGAUGUCUCGCUAAGAUCAUUAAAAUGAUCCGUCCUGAAUGUGAAGCUACAUCCUUCUCUACACUAGACCAACUACACCCAAAGGACACACUGAGAACUUCUGAGCCAUCCAAAUCUGAAUGACACUGGAAAUAAAACUCCUCGAAUGUUACAGAGUGAGGAGUCACCUCACACUUUGAGUCAAUAAGUGUUCUUCCUGAAACGUCUCCAGUUCAACUGAGGCAGAAUUCGCUGUAGCCUAGCUGAUGAUUACCUAAUUUAUGUUUUUUUGCACUUUAAUUCUCACUAAAUAACUUCCUGUGUGGAUAGAUUGCUGGUGUCUUGUCUCAAUCUUUACAUGUUACAAUUAAGCGUCUCACAAAACAUCACCUUUGAUGUAGAACGGCGUCAGCAUGAGAGACUAAAUGUUUGUAGAAAAGAUGUUAAAGGUCACUGUACUGUUGAAAAUUCCACUGUAUAUUCACCCAGUAUGUGUUAUAUUAGAAACUGCAAGCGGAACGACCUUUGUGUGACAUUGGUGCUCCACCGAGGAACCCGUGUGAUGGCAGCAUUACACCUGUAUCCCACCUGUGUGACCAUCUGUGGUUUUUCACUGUGCCAGUUAACAUUUGAUAAAAUGCACCCCUCACUGACAUCCAGUUCAGUAGACUCGGUAGCUCAUAAUAAUGAGCUGCUGAAUAUAAAUACAUUUCAUAUAUGUUAUUCACUCGUCCAGGAUUAAGGGCAGUUGAAACAUUUACAGUACGAUAAGAUGCACCACUAUUAAAUCCAUAGACCCAAAAUGAUACUCGUCUGCUGCAGUUUGCAGGAAAAUGCAUAAUAUUUUAAUGCCCACAAAUUUAAAUUAUUUACUUUGGAAACAAAUAAUGGUUGUUUUUUUUUUUUUUGUUUUUUUUAAGAACUACAUCUUGCCCUGCCUGGGAUUACACAGUAGAAAUGACGUAUGUGAAGUGCAUUUACAGUGGAUGUGAUAAUGUUGUAAAUGUACUGUCUGUCUGUGUCUCAAUUAUUGUAUUUGUGAUAAUGCUCCACACGUCAGUGCUGUCAAAAAAUUCUAUGCAUGCCAAAGACAUUUAUUAAAUUCAGUAUGCACAUUUGCAUUUCUGUCUAACAAAGUCAACAAAAUAUUCCACCAAGCUAACUGUAGAAGAAUAAAAGGUGUUUACAUUUGAGCCCCUUUUAUUGUGGUGAUGUC